AAAGCGUGCAAUGAGUCACAAACGUAAAAAGGCAAAUCUUGUUAUAAAGAUGCAAAAUAAAAAGAGUAGAGCAGCGGAGGAGAAAAAGCUAACAAUGUUUGUGAUGAUUCUCCAACUGUAUACAAUGCCCCUAUCACAAGCCAUCAUUGUGUUUCCACUUCACUUUUUCUUUAACCAUGUACCAUCAACCAAAAUAUAUUGCUUAUUCCAAACACUGACAACUAAACUAAGCUGUUUAUCAAAAGAAUCAAACAACAUUUCUCUUGUUGUGUGAUCCUCUGUUAUUUAUACUUGUUUUCAUUUUCUCAUGGCAUUGUCACCUGAAUCCAUGCCUGAAAAGCCCUUCGAUUUCCGUGCACCGCCGCCAUCUCCGAUCGCUAGUGGCCGCAGGUCCUGCGUCACCAAUGAGGAUGUUCUCUCUGAAUUCCUUCAACAUUCUCUACGUGUCCCUGAUUUGGUUUUGCCUGACAAGGUGUUCCCUAGGCAGAACUUCAUUGAAAACCCACCCAAGAUUGAUUUCCAGCUGUUGAGUUCCAUGGAAUGCGACUCUCUUUCCAAGAUUUUGGAUUCCAUAGCAAGAAUCGGGUGCUUUCAGUUGGUGAAUUAUGGAAUUGAGGGAGAAUGUAUACGGUCAGCCCUGGCAGCUGCUGCUGGCAUUUUUCAGCUACCACCGGAGAAACGAAGGGCAGUGACAAGGUCACCACCAGAGAAGUUAUACGGCUUCGAGGAAGCUCAUGGGGAAAAAGAAGAAGAAGGUGAAGGCAAAGUGAGUGAAGAGUUUGUGUGGUGUAGAGGUGCAGGCUUGAAGUUGGAAAUGGAGGCGAUUUGGCCUGUUGGCUACUCCAAUUUCAGUGAGAAGAUGGAGAGUCUACUGUGUGACAUUGAGAAAGUGGCUGAGAAAAUUCUGAUGGCUAUCAGGCAAAAUUUGCCACCAAAAACAGACUAUGAAAAUGAUAUGAAGCAAGGGCAAGGUGGCAUUGGGUCUGGAUGUUAUGUGUACAAGCAUAGCCGGAAUAUGUCAGCUGAGAAAUGCAGUGGAUCUCUAAGGUAUGAUGUGAUCAGAAUGCUAAUAAGAGGGUUUGAUUAUUCACAUGCCUUGUGUUUGCAUGUGUGUGAUGGAUCUUCUGAGUUCCAUGUGUAUUCAAAGAAAGGUUGGGUAUCUUUCUGCCCUGAUAAAGAUGCCUUGGUCAUAACAGUUGGGGAUCAAACUCAGGCAUUAAGUGGUGGACAAUUCAAGCAUGUAAUUGGGAGGCCCAUUUAUAAAGGAGAGAAAGAAGACUGCAUUUCAAUGGCAUUCCUUUACUCUCCUCCAAGCACCACCAACACCACCAAGGUUGAUCCACAAAAGGGGAAGAACAUUAUUUCACUCAGCCAACAGGCUAUUGCUGCAAUCGUUUUGACACUUGUUUACCAUAUUUUAGUCUUUGUUUACAACAAAUUCUAAUGCUGUUAAGAGUCAUCAUCCAUCAAGCAAUGAAGAGACUACACAUCUUGAUAAUAUAUAAA